AUUUGUGGCCCGGUUUCCGGGCGGCUCUCUUCCUCCAUGCGUGAGGUUCUUUACCGGUAUCGACGACCAUGGCUCCCCAGGUCUGGCGUCGAAAGACCCUGGAGCGGUGUUUGAGAGAGGUUGGGAAAGCCACCGAACGACCUGAGUGCUUCCUUACGAUUCAAGAAGGACUGGCCUCUAACUUCACUUCUUUAACAAAAGUACUUUAUGACUUUAACAAAGUUCUGGAGAAUGGGAAGGUCCGUGGAAGUCCUUUACGAAAACUGAUGAUAGAUAAAUUUGAUGAUGAACAGAUUUGGCAGCAACUGGAAUUACAGAAUGAACCAGUUUUACAGUACUUCCAGAAUGUAGUGAGUGAGGCCAUCGACGAUGCAGACCUCAGUCUUCUCCCAGAGGAUGCUGACCAGGAGUGUGAAGAGGAUGGCUCAGAGAUGGAAGAGGCCUCAGAAAUGGGAGCUGAUGGCCAGCAGGACUUCAAACAAGAUUUGGAGGAAGAGGAGAUGUUAGAACUGAGCGAGAGUGAUCCUAGAGGGAACAAGAAAGCUAAAAGCACAAGCAAAUCGGAUCCACAGGAAAGCCUAGAUUUCAGUGAUGUGGAUUCUGAUCUUGACUUCGAUAUCAGCAAAUUGGAACAGCAGAGCAAGGUGCAAAGCCAAAAAGCCAAAACACCCAAAAAGCCCAUAGAAAAGUCCGUCGUAGAUGACAAAUUUUUCAAACUGGCUGAAAUGGAAAGCUUUUUAGAAAACAUGGAAAAAGAAGAGGAGGGGAAAGAUGACAGCGACGAAGAAGAUAUUGAUUUAUUUGAAGAUCUUGAUUCUGAUGAAGAGGGACUGUUUGGAGGUCAAAAACGUAAGUCAGGAAGAAGUUCCAGAAACCUGAAAUACAAAGAUUUCUUUGACCCAGUUGAAAGUGAUGAAGAUAUAGAAGGUGUUCAAGAUGAGCUGGGUUCAAAUGAAAAUGAAGAAAUGGCUGAAGAAGGUGACAUUUCUGAAAUGGAUGAAGAUAGUGACCUUGAAAGUGAAGACAGCAAGCAUGGUAAACAGAGUUCAAAAAGAGUAACUUUUGCUUUACCAGAUGAUGAGGAUACAGAAAUUGUAAAUGUAAAGAAAGAUUCUGAUGAAAUCAAAUCCUCUUUCGAGAAAAGACAAGAAAAGAUGAAUGAAAAAAUUGCAUCCUUAGAAAAGGAGCUGUUAGAAAAAAAACCCUGGCAGCUGCAAGGAGAGGUGACAGCACAAAAGCGACCGGAGAACAGCCUCCUGGAGGAGACCCUGCACUUUGACCAUGCCGUGCGCAUGGCGCCUGUGAUCACAGAGGAAACCACCCUUCAACUCGAAGAUAUCAUUAAGCAGAGGAUAAAAGAUCAGGCUUGGGAUGAUGUAGUACGUAAAGAAAAACCUAAAGAAGAUGCAUUUGAAUAUAAAAAGCGGUUAACAUUAGACCACGAGAAGAGUAAAUUGAGCCUUGCUGAGAUUUAUGAGCAGGAGUACAUCAAACUCAACCAGCAAAAAGCAGAAGAAGAGGAGAAUCCUCAGCAUGUAGAAAUUCAGAAGAUGAUGGAUUCCCUCUUCUUAAAAUUAGAUGCCCUCUCCAACUUUCACUUCAUCCCUAAACCGCCUGUUCCAGAAAUUAAAGUUGUGUCAAAUCUGCCAGCCAUAACCAUGGAAGAAGUUGCCCCAGUGAGUGUUAGUGAUGCCACUCUUUUGGCCCCAGAAGAAGUCAAGGAAAAAAAUAAAGCGGGAGAUGUGAAAACCGACGCCGAGAAAACAGCUACAGACAAGAAACGAGAACGGAGGAAAAAGAAGUACCAGAAACAUUUGAAGCUCAAGGAGAAAGAAAAGCGAAGGAGACUGCUUGAGAAGAACAGCCCUGACCAGGUGGGGAAGUAUAGCAAAGCAGUGGCUUCAGAGAAGCUGAAACAGCUAACCCGAACAGGCAAAGCUGCGCUCUUAAAGGAUGAAGGAAAAGACAAAGCCCUGAAGUCAUCACAGGCAUUCUUCUCUAAGUUGCAAGACCAAGUAAAAAUGCAAAUCAGCGAGGCAAAGAAAACAGAAAAGAAAAAGAAGAAAAAACAGAAUAUUUCUGUGCAUAAAUUAAAGCUGUAAUGUAUUUUGAACAUAAUGUAAAUAUGGACAUGUAAACUUACAUUCUUUCACUAGUCUGUUUUAUGUGCUGCCAGGGAUUGAACUCUGGACCUCAUGUUUGAGAGUCCAACACUUUAGCCACUGUGCCACCUUCUGGAUCACUACUAGUCUGUUUUAUAAUAAAACUUUUGAGAACUUUUCUUUGCAUAGAUGCAGAGAAUUCCAUAGUUGGAAAAGACAAACUUCAAACUGUCUUUAGAAAGUCCUGUCUUGGGCUAGGGGGAGAUAGCAGUAGUGGUUUUGCAAAAAGAUUUUCAGGUUCCAAGGUCUCAGUUUGAAUCCUCAGCACCGCCAUAAGCCAGACCUGAGCAGUGUUCUGGAAAAAUAAAUAAACAAAUCCUAUCUCACUUGCUGUAGGCAUGAGGCGGAAUCUAGGCCCAAGCCCUUCCCCACCGUGCCUUUCUUAGUUUUCACACUAUAACUACAGAGUAGAGUGUGACCAGAGACCCUGUGACCAGAAUGUGGGGGGGAGGGGGAGAGUUCAACUUCACCUCAGUAUCUUCCCCCAAAGGUUGAAAUCUGUGUAUAAAAUUUGAGUCCCAGGGGCCAGGCAGUGGUACACCUGGUUAAGCAUGAACUAUAGUGUGCAAGGACCCGGGUUCAAGCCCCUGGUCCCCACCUGCAGGAGGAAAGCUUCACGAGUGGUGAAGUAGGGCUUGCAGGUGUUUCUCUGUCUCUUUUCCUCUCUAUCCCCCUCUCAAUUUCUCUGUCUCCAAUAAUAAGCAAAAAAUAAAAAUAAAA